AUGACAGAAACACUGCGUCGCCGCCUCCUCCUCGACAUCGCAGAACUACAAGCCAAACCAUAUCCAAACAUAUUCUUACAUGUCGAUGAUGAGAAUCUUAAUCGCGCUUGCCUCGUCCUCACCGUGGAAGAAUACGGGCCUCUACAUAUGAGACUUGAUUUUCCUUCCGACUAUCCGAUUCAGCCCCCGAUUAUCAAAAUUGACUCUAAUAUCUCUCAUCCAAACAUCAUCAGGGGGCAAAUUUGCGCCUCCAUCCUAAAUACUCCAGAAGGUUGGACGCCGGCCUAUACCUUGAAGGGUUUUGCAAUUCAGUUGCUCAGCUUCUUUGCAAGUGAUGCAAUCGAACAAGUGAAUGGAAAGGGACGUGUAUACUUGCGUGACUAUCGAGCGAGGUCUAAGGCUGCCGAUGGAAGGAUGGGUUUCUGUUGCACAGGGGGAUUUGGUAAUAUUCCGCCCUUCAAGCUGAUUUUUCAUUUCAUGAAUGAUGUGAUGGUGAAGUUCAACAAGGAUACUUUAGUAAACACAAACAAUUCCUCUGAUAUAAACACAAAGACCAUCCAAAGUACCUUGACGCAUGCUUCGGAGAAAGCGAUCGAGUCUUAUUUCCACCUAUUCCAUCUACUCAUUUGUCUUGCGAUCGAUGAUCCCUCUGUUGUAGGAUAUGCGAAUGAUUUGAUUGAUAAAUUCGUCAAUGGCGGAACCUCCAAGUCAUCAUGUCCAAAUCUUAAUCAUAUUCUAAUAGCGUCCCUGAUCAGUGAUGUUGAAGUAUCAUAUAAAACUAUGGAGACGAUGAUCAAGGAAGCCAUUACACGGAACGUUGUGUGGAUGCUUGGUGAACAGCCUGGACUAAGUUACAUUGAGCCUUCCGAGGUUUCACAGUAUCGCCUAGAGAAGACAUUCGAGGCUAGCAAGACAUCUUACAGGAUCCUGAUGUUCUUGAAAAUAUUUAAAACAACAGCAAUUGGAAAACCGAAGAAACCUUUAUCCCAGCUUGCGAAUGAAGCUUUCAAACGCCAUGGUGCCCCACCAAGGGGAUCAGCUAGAUACCUUGCAGAUUGGACAAAGCGUAUUCAUCUCAUUGCUUCAUUUCCUGACUUCUUCCGUGUCAUGGGCAUGGGUAGAGUGUAUAAAUGA